AUGGCCGAGAGUUCCCCGCCUAGAGAUUUAAAGAAGGGAAAAGCCAUAGUCCUCCGAGAAGAGCUGAGAGAGAUGCUCGAGGAGCAAGUGCUAUUCUCUCUAAGGGUACUCGAGGAAAAGCUACCAAAGGGGUACAAGCUCUUAGCUAUUGGAGAAUAUGAUGGUAGCAAAGAUCCAGAAGAUCAUCUCCGAAAAUUUUGGAACGCUGUGUUGCUACACCAAUAUAGCGAUGCCAUCAAGUGCCGAGUGCUCUUAAACACUCUGUCAAGCUCGGCACAAAAGUGGUUCGCUGGAUUACUGCAUGGGUUCAUCACCUAUUUUCAAGACUUCAAGAACAUUUUCCUGCACCAUUUCACCAAUAGCAGGAAAUAUCAGAAGACAGACCACUGUCUCUUCGCCCUCAAACAAGGGUCAGUGGAGCCCUUGAGAAUCUAUGUCAAACGUUUCAACCAGGUAGCCCAGGACGUCUCGUCCGCUACUUCAGAGAUCUUGAUGAGUGUAUUCUCCCACAGUCUAGUGGAGGGGGAGUUGUCUCAUCGGGAGUCAGUAAAGAAUUUUGAUGAGAUGCUGGAUUCCAGGGUGGCGCAACAGGUAGAAGCUGUUCAAGCCCCUAGAUCUGGUCAGUGGGGGCCCCGUUAUUGCACCUACCAUAGGUCCCAUACCCAUUCCACUAGAGAUUGUGUCCAGUUCGCCCGAGAUUCUCGCAGGACGGCUGAACUGGGCUUGCCUUCGACUAAGAUUGCACCCAAGCUUCAGAAGCUAUUAGCCAACUCGUCUGCUGCUGCAGGGCAAUUAGGUAAACCGCUGCCCGAUAAUGCAGGUCAGGGAGCCCAGCAGCCAGGUCGAGACAAGGAGCCAAUGGAAUCCCCCGAGGAAGAGAAUAGGAGAAAUAUCGCCAUUCGAGAGAUUGACAUGAUAUUCGGGGGGCCCACUGAUGGAGACUCCACCCGGGUCCGAAACUUUCGGCCGCAAGACCUGGAGGGAGUGGAGCUCCCUUAUGAUGAUGCCCUUAUAAUCAAAGUAGUCAUCGCCAACAACCACGUGGCCAGAGUUUUCAUUGACACCAGAAGCUUUGUUAACGUGCUGUUCAAGAAUGCAUUCGAGGGCAUGCAGAUUGACACUAGUGAGCUUCAGCCUGUAGUUACUUCCUUUUAUGGGUUCACUGGAAAUAAGGUACAACCAAUGGAUCUAAUUAAGCUAGUCAUCUCUUUGGGUAGCAAACCAUUGGUGAGGACCUGGAGGAGCACUUUUAUUGUAGUGGAGUCUCCAUUCUCCUACAACGUCAUCUUGGGAAGACCCACACUGCACAAGUUCCGAGCGGCCAUCUCCACCUUCCAUCAGAAGAUGAAGUUUCCUGUGGGCGACCAGGUUGGGGAAGUCAAGGGUGAGCAACUGAUAUCCCAUAGAUGUUGCGUCGACAUGGUGAAGGUGGAGGCUCGCAAAGCUCAAAGAACCCAAGAUGGAAGGAUCCUUGUCAUCUAA